CACAACGCAGCGACACACACGUGCAGAAUACGAGGCAGCAUCACUUCCUAUUGCACUUCCUGUCGUUUUCUCACAGAGUGUGAAAAUGGAGAGUUGCAGAAACAGCAAAGAGUUUCUAUCAGCAGCAUUCGCGGUUAACGGGCGUGCGGUUGCCAGGAGAGACGCGCUGUAACGGCAGAGCGGCACGGGCUCUCCCGCGCCAUUUCCUCGUCUCGAGCCGUGGGAUGUCGAGCAGCGGCUCGGGCUCUUCUUCCUCGCGGAAGGAGUUCGACGUGAAGCAGAUCCUCCGUAUCCGAUGGAGGUGGUUUGGUCACCCCGCGGUUCCUCCGCCUCACUCCCCGCCGCUGGGAGACUACUUCGCCGGGAGGAGAGCGGGCGGCAGCGCGGGGGACGGACCUUCAGUCAGCGGCAGCAGCAGCAGCAAUUCUAAUUCAACCAACGUAACCCCGAGCGUGGGGAGUCACGGCGGUCUGGUGGCCAGCGGCAGCGCGGGGUCUAACCUGUGUAACGGCAGCAGCAGAAAGUUUGCUGAUCCGGCAGGGAGUCGGGGCGGUCCGGGAGGCGCGGCAGCGGGAGCGACGGGCAGCUCCUGUCCCCGCUCCUUCAGCCAGCCAGAGUGUAGGAGCUCCACGGCGGCGUUGUCCUGGGUUUCCCCGCCUCCCCAUCGUCGCUCCCGGCCGGUGACGAGCAUGGAGCUCCCCGGUGAGGCUCAGCUUUUGCCCGAGCCCUCAGCUCAGGUCGGGGAGGAGGAGGAGGCGGCGGCGGCGGCGGCGGCACCGUCAGCGUCGGGCACCGAGGAAACUAACAACCACCCGGAAACCGACUCCAGCUCCUGCAGGACAUCUAACAGCAGCGCCACCCUGUCCUCGUGCGUGUCCAUGGAGCCCUGUGCGUGUCCAGAGGACUCUAUGUUCACCGCUCUGUCCCACGCCGAUGUCACCUUCUCCAAGAUGGAGGGUUACCUGAGGUCUCGACAGCUGUGCGACGUCGUUCUGGUGGCCGGAGAGAGGCGGAUACCUGCACACAGAUUGGUCCUCUCAUCCGUGUCUGACUACUUUGCAGCCAUGUUUACCAGUGAUGUCAGGGAAGCCAAGCAGGACGAGGUGAAGAUGGAAGGAGUGGACCCUGAUGCAUUGUGGGUCCUGGUGCAGUAUGCAUACACAGGCCGUCUGGAGUUGAGGGAGGACACCAUCGAGUCUCUGCUGUCGGCGUCCUGUCUGCUCCAGUUGACGUCGGUGGUUCAGGCCUGCUGCUCGUUCCUGAUGAAGCAGCUCCACCCGUCUAACUGUCUGGGUAUCCGCUCCUACGCCGACGCCCAGGGCUGCCACGACCUGCAGAGAGCCGCCCACGCCUACACCAUGGAGCACUUUCUCGAUGUUGUGGGAGGCCAGGAGUUCCUGCUGCUCCCGAUGGAGGAGAUGGAGAGGCUGCUCACGUCUGAAGACGUGAACGUGCCCGACGAGGAAACCGUGGUAACGUCCUUGCUAACGUGGGUCGGACACGACGCUGCCACGCGGCAACGUCACCUGCCGAUGCUGAUGGCUCACAUCCGACUGCCUCUGCUGCAGCCGCAGUUUCUGGCAGACCUGGAGUCAAACCCUCUGCUGCGGGACAGUAUCGAGUGCCAGCGGCUGCUGAUGGAGGGGAUGAAGUAUCACCUCUUGCCCCAGCGGCGGCCCCUGCUCCAGAGCCCCCGCACUCGUCCCCGCAAGGCCACCGUAGGAGCCAUGUUUGCUGUCGGAGGCAUGGACGCUACAAAAGGUGCGACCAGUAUCGAGCAGUACUGUUUGCGUCAGGACACGUGGAGGCAGGUGGCCACCAUGAGUGGGCGGAGACUUCAGUUCGGUGUAGCUGUCCUUGACGGUCGUCUGUACGUGGUGGGCGGCCGAGAUGGACUCAAGACCCUCAACACUGUGGAGUGUUACAACCCGCACAGCAAGACCUGGAGCGUCAUGCCUCCCAUGUCCACGCACAGGCACGGCUUAGGUGUAGCUGUCCUAGAGGGGCCCAUGUACGCGGUGGGAGGACAUGACGGCUGGAGCUACCUCAGCACUGUGGAAAGAUGGGACCCACAAGCUCGCCAGUGGAGCUUUGUUGCAAGCAUGGCGACGCCCAGAAGCACAGUGGGAGUCGCUGUACUCAAUGGCAAGUUAUAUGCAGUAGGGGGUCGUGAUGGCUCGUCCUGCCUGCGAUCAGUGGAGUGUUUCGACCCACACACCAACAGGUGGAGUGGUUGUGCUCCAAUGGCUAAAAGGCGUGGAGGUGUGGGCGUGGCCACAUGGCACGGCUUCCUGUACGCCAUCGGAGGUCAUGAUGCUCCAGCUUCGUCGCUUGCCUCUCGGCUUAGUGACUGUGUGGAGAGGUACGACCCUCAGACGGAUGUGUGGACGGCAGUCGCCCCCAUGAGUAUUAGCAGGGAUGCUGUCGGAGUCUGUCUCCUUGGCGACCGUCUCUAUGCUGUCGGCGGUUACGACGGGCAGGUGUACCUCAAUACCGUUGAAGCUUACGACCCGCAGACUAAUGAAUGGACACAGGUAGCGCCUCUGUGCGUGGGCAGGGCGGGAGCGUGCGUGGUGGCUGUCAGACUGUGAAAACAACAACAUCCAGUGAUGGACUUGGUAUGAUGCGGCUCAGAGAACCCUCCUCUUCACCACCGCUGACGUGCAAACCCAUCUGCCUGGCAGCAUGUGAGCGCCACCAGGAAGUGAGAGACUGAUUACUGAACACACUUCAGGUGUCAGACCUCGACAGAAGCACACUGAACUCUCCUGUAACGGCUCCCUAUCAUUUUUAUUUUAUUUUAUGUUUAGGGUCGUUGUUGAGUGUCGGCGUUUCUGAUGGAGUCUUCACAUUACAAACUUUUUGUUAACCUCUCCUGUAGAAGUGAACUACCACCGACGCCCGUGAUGAAGAAGAAUCUGCAGUGUUUGUGUGAGCAUGACAGAACAGCUGUCUCGAGGUGUUUUUUUUCCCUCCCUUGCCUGUUAUAUUGUUCCUGCAGACAGCGUAGGACAAACACACACACACACACACACACACACACACACACACACACAUCCACAGACCUACACGGCUGCUUUCAGCUUCUUCUAUUUCUGUUGACAAAAAAGUGAGACGGAGAGAGAGAGAGAGAGGUUGUCAGGACGGCUGAGAUGCCUCAUCAUUUUAUGCUUUCACUUUUCCUAACAUGAACUGAUAGUGUGCAUUGAUGCUAUUUUAACAUAUUCCCUGUUAUUUUAUGCUGCAGUCUGCAAGCGCUCUGCUCCCGAUUUCUAUCCUGCUCCUUCUCCCUGACAGUUUAAAGAAAGACUUUUGACAUAAUCAGCACAACCUUAUGAGCUGCAGUACUGUAAGGAACGCUGAUGCCUUUUUAGACAAAAACACAUCAUGAUGCUUAAUCUUGAUAUUCCUCUGAAGCAAACAGAGUGUCAGUAAUGUGCAGCUUAUUUUAGAUUUUUAACAAGCUACAAAUGCAAAUUAUUCCACCUCUUCCUUUUAUCUUCUGUUGUUUAACGUCAUAUUCUCGCUUUUGGUUUCACAUAUUUGAGCUGCAAUGAGGUUCACAGCCUGAGUCAUAGAGAGCGUAAAUGUGGCCCUGCGUUGAGAACCUGAAUGGAAAAGGCUCACCUCUUUCCAGGCUCAGCGUCUGUCCCAUCUGUAAGUGUGUGAUUGUGUGCGUGUACAUGUACAUGUGUUCAGUUGUUCAGAAACUGCAGAGAGUAUAUUUUUAUCUCAAAUGAGAAUCUUCCCCUCUCUCCACAAUUCCCCGCUGCUUUCUCUUCAUCCCCAUUUUCCCACUUCAUCACCACACACACACACACACACACACACACACACACACACACACACACACACACACACACACACACACACACACACACACACAGCACUGUGUUUAAGGGGCAGAAUUGGAUACAAGGACAGAAAUGAACAACAGACCAUAUAAUGAGACCCUGAAUUUAAUAGCGCUGGUUCAGCCGAUGUAACGUUUUGUUUGAUGUGGAGUUCAAAGCGUUAUUAGAUUUGAUGCUGCUGCAGACACACAAUCAGACGUCAACGGAGAAAAUGAGUUUCGACCUCAUGCGUUCAUGUUUGAGUAAACUUAUUGUACAUGUCAGGAAACCGGAAGAAUACAAAUCCGCUGACUGCAGGCGCAGAACAGACACGUGCCACAGUCAUUCAAGCUGUAUACGUAAUUGUGUGUUUCCCCUCUGUGGCUAAAUCUGCUCCUCCCAUUUUGUUUGUGUGUUUGUGUUUGUGUGUGUGUGUGUUUGUGUGUGUGUUUGUGUGUGUGCGUGUGUGCUUAGUGUACAGAAAAGCAGCUCCUGACAGUGAGAGGCAAAGCAGGCAUCCUGUCUGAACUGACAGAUCUAGAGCUAAUGUAGCCCCCAGGAUGCUCUUCAGAAACACACAUGGACCGUUCACAGAUACACGGACACACACACAUAAACACAAACACACACACACACACACACACACUUAAGCACACAGCCGAAAGCCAAGCGCCCCAGGAGCCAGGGAAGAUUGAAAAGCCUCCCGUAUUUGCCAGCAUGACAUCUAAAAAGCAGAGAGAGGGGCGGGCGUGCGAUUCCCCAAAGCUGAGCGGAUGUUUAUUCAGGCCGAAUGCACGACUGCAUUAUUCUAUUUUCUUCUUCUCCUGCAAACCGCCGAAACCUGCUCGCUGCUUAUUUAGAGACUCGUUCUCCUCAGAGCAGAUGAGAUGAGAGCAGAGGUAAAUGUGUCGCCUCCACUGUGUACAGUCAGAGAGUUUGAAUUCAGUCAGAGGUCAAAUACAUCCCUGUUUCCAAAAAACAUUUGGAUGUUGUGUAAAAUGUAAAUUAAAACAGAACGAUUUGUAAAAAACGUAAACCAUUUGCAGAGGGCGUGGUGAACCUUAUUUUUAACCUGUGCAUUUGUGAGGCGGGAGGCUAGACAAAGAGGGUUUGAAUGUUUUCUGUUGACCGCCAUCGUUAUCGAAUUUAUCGUAAUGAUCAUCUCCUUCUGGACUUUUUGUUUAGAAUCAUUUUUUCAGGUUUUUGUUUAAUAAAUCUACAAACAUAUCUAGACUUUGAAUUUGAUUUGGAUAAUUCUGAUUUUUUUGGACAUUUUACACAAAGUCCCAACGUUUAAGGAAACAGAGUUGUAUAAAAAACGACAUUCCAAAUCAAUCUAUGUAUUUAGUGUAUAUGAUGUACAUAAAUAAUAUUAAAUCUGUAUGUAGUCUUAUUGCUUUAUGCUGUAGCCUACAGCACACAGUAGAAGUGCAGAGUGUUAUUGUGUGUUUCACUUUGUCCCAUGAAUUCAAACCAAGAAGAGACAAAUGAAGCAUGUACAGCUGCUCAUCUCCUCCUUAAGUACCAGCAUAUAACACCUCCUCUUCUACAGUAUAAAUACGGGAUGUACAAUAUAUCUAUGUGCUGCUGUAAUAUGCUGUUAUCUGUCUUUUUAUACAGUAAAGUCCAGAUGUGAUUGAA